AUGAGGCAGAAAACGUUUCCGAAUUCUAAUCCGGCUUUCCUUAACAACCAUGCAACCCUCUGUUCAAUUCAACAUGCCAUGCCAAGCAUACGCUUUCGCAGUCGAGCGGAAUAUUUGGCUAUAAAAACAGAGAUGAACGCUUUCUUUAUACGAGAAAGUCAACAUAGGGAAAUGUUUCUCGGAACAAACAUCGAAUUGAUGAGCAAGAACAAGCAUUCCAACAUCUACAAGACGGAACUUAGACGUUAA